AUCGAAAUAAUAAAAAAACAAAUACCUAAACCUGACAGCUAAAGAAUAUUACAAAAAUUUUCAUUUUUAUUAAAUAUAAAAUAUCAAAAUGUUUCACAGAAUUAAAAUAAUAUGAAGACAAAAAAAUGCACUGUCGAACCAAAACCUGAACCCCCGCCGCCUGACCUCUGUAAGUUACAACGAAUCCAGCAGAAAAUAAAAGCUGGUAUAAAAAUAUGUCCGUCACCACCGAUCGAGCCUCCAGAAGAACCGCCAGAAUGUUUUGCCUUAUGCAGGGAGAAAAUUAAAAAUCCAGAAGUAACCGUAUCUGAAGAAGCAGUAAUUUGUCGCGUGGAAAGAGAAAAAACUGGAACUUCUAGAUGUGAUAAGGUUGAAGACUUGACAGCCGCUCAUCCUGACUUACCCUGGCCUGGAUGUCCAUCACCACCACCGCUCCCCCCUCCACCUGAACCAGAUCUUUGUGAGGAAUUAGAAAAGAAAGCAAAAAAAGAACUGUGUAAAGAGAGAAUGAAACGAUAUUUACUGUAA